UGAGAUAAAAUCUGAAUACCAGAAAUCAGUAUUGUAAAGAAACUUCAUCUCCAACACCAAAAAUGUUAGAAGAGGACAUGGAAGUGGCCAUUAAGGUGGUGGUAGUAGGAAACGGAGCAGUUGGGAAAUCCAGUAUGAUUCAGCGAUACUGCAAAGGCAUUUUCACAAAGGACUAUAAGAAAACAAUUGGAGUUGAUUUCUUGGAGAGACAAAUACAAGUUAAUGAUGAAGAUGUUAGGCUAAUGUUGUGGGACACUGCAGGCCAAGAGGAGUUCGAUGCAAUAACAAAGGCCUACUAUAGAGGAGCCCAAGCAUGCGUACUUGUGUUUUCCACCACAGAUAGGGAAUCUUUUGAAGCAAUUCCCAGUUGGCGAGAGAAAGUAGUAACUGAGGUUGGCGACAUCCCUUCAGUGCUUGUGCAGAACAAAAUUGACCUCCUGGAUGAUUCUUGCAUCAAGAAUGAGGAAGCAGAGGCCCUGGCCAAGAGGUUAAAGUUAAGAUUUUACCGAGCUUCCGUGAAAGAGGACCUAAAUGUAGCAGAAGUUUUUAAAUACUUAGCUGAAAAGUAUCUUCAGAAACUCAAACAACAAACAGCUGAAGACCCAGAGCUGGUGCAUACAAGUAGUAACAAAAUUGGUGUCUUUAAUACAGCUGGUGGAAGUCACUCUGGCCAGAAUUCCAACACACUUAAUGGUGGUGAUGUCAUUAAUCUAAGACCAAACAAGCAGAGGACCAAGAAAAGCAGAAGCCCUUUUAGCAGCUGCAGCCUACCUUAAAAUUUUUUAGGGGGAAGAAUUUACAGUACCUGGGAUGGUGUUUUGCAGUUGAGUAAGGAUUCCAGCCGGCUGUAAACGGUAUGCUACCAGUUCUCUAGCAUAAUUUGCACCUACUGGAUCUGUGCUAGACGGCGAACUUAAACACUGAAGUGGCAAUGCCCUUCAGUGUGUAGAGAGAGACCUCUGAUGGCAAAAUUAGAAUCAUCGUUGCCCUGUUCGUUCAUUUUUUUUUUAACUGUUAGACGAAGCGCCUCCUGUUUUGAAGCAACACUAUAAAACCGUGACAGCAGGUUUUGCGGAAUCAUCAAGCGUAUUACAAUAAAAGCAUAAAGAUCCAACCCGUCGGUACAGAUCAGAGUAGUAUGGACCAACAAGAAGUAGCAUUCUUCUAUUGCCUGGAUCAGCCCAUUUGAAGUACAAAAAGCAAAAUUUGCCAGACUACGUUAGUAGGUAUCUUGGCCACUUAACUUGUGCAAUAAGUGUGUAAUCUAUGAAUGUUGAGGUAUGCAUGCCGAUAAAGUGCUGAAGUCAGAUUAAGUGCAGUAUUCAACUACAGAAACUGAAAAUUUUGACCACCUUCCUUUUCAACCCCUCCCCGCCACACACAUUUUUAAACUGUCUUUUUAAAGUGAGGCAUUACAACAUUCCACUAUAGGAUUUUAAAGUUCAUUGUGCCAAGAAAAUCCACUUUUGUCAGCAUCACACUGUCUUAUUUUAUAUGGUUUUGUACUGUCUUUUUGAAAUAAUGCUUCAGUCUUUUACCAGGGUUAAACAAAAUUAGGAUUGUGUCUUUUAAUAUCAACAGUGGGUAUCCAAAGCUGAGAAUGUGGGUUCCCUUCUUACCUAUAAGACUUUGCACACUGUCAUGGAGUCAGCAAAGUAAACUGUGAGGUCACAGUAAACCUGCAGAUAUUCAUAAGGUCCCAUAAAUUGGUGUGGCUAUCCUGCAUAUUCAAGCCUUUAACGGGGCAAUGUAUUCUAAAAUUUAAUUUAAAAUUUUUGUAUUCAACAAGAGGUCUUUUUCUCUAUCCCACAUUCUGAAUUAUGGGAUGGCAUGCAUGCUUUUGCAUAUUCACUUAUAUGGUAUUUUAAAUGUAUCGCUUUGGAGUUUUUAUAUUCUCUCGGGUUUACAAAGCCCCUUUCCCUUCCCUGCUAGCAAGAGGUGGAAAGAUUCCAGAAGAUAUAAUAAAUAACAAUCUGUAACUAGACAGUGCCAGAACCUAAAUUUUGUGAUUGGGAACUACAGUGAUCUAAAUUUAGCUGGUUGCAGGAAUCUUGAUAAUAUCUAAUUUUCGUAAUUCACUUAUGAGUUUUCUAAAUCUCAACCUAUUUUGGCAUCUUAAUUUUUUCAGCACAUCAUAGGGAUGUAGAAAUAAAAAAUAUAUUAAUGUAGAAGUCACUUCAGCCUUAAUGGUACAUAAUAUUUUUGGAGAACUACUAUACCAAGUAUUCAUACCAAGUUAACACCUUGUUUACCUUUUGAUACCCAAAAUUCAUUCAACUUCAUAUAUGACUUGAGAGCAUCCUCACAAAUGAUCAAGAAUUAUUUUUGGUCUGUGAAAAUUCUACCAAAAAAACCCCAAACCCAGGAGUCAUCUUUGUUGCAUAGUAGUUAUGCAGAAUAUUUGAAUGAUACCAGUUGUCUUAUGUCCCAUUGCCGGCAGUGGAAUGGGCAUUGGGGAAAACUAAUUACCAACAUUAAGCAUUGGGUUUUGCUUAAUGUGUUUCCUCUUUCAAAAUGUACUGACUGCAUAAAGUCUCUUAUUCUUUGCACAAAGUAAAUUUUGUGUAAUAUAACAGUGAUCUUUGCAGGAAGAAAACUCAUUAACCUUAUCCAUCAUGUCUUUCUGUUUUAAUGAUUGAAUGUGUGU